GAGGGAGGAGUGGGUUAGGAAGCUGUGGCCUCUGGGGAACCGCAGACUAGUCCUGGCAGGGCUGUGGGGAGGAGCCUGUCCCUACCCAGCCCUGGACGGUGGAGGCGCUGGCGCCCUGCAAAGCCUGUUCCUCCCCCCAGGGGAUUAGCAAAUGAAACUUUGUCCAUUUCGCGUUCCAGAGCAGUUUUUUUGUGCGACCCCUGAGCCGAAGCACCGGUCAGUCUGACCGGGGCUGCCCUCUCCUUUCUGCUGUCUCUGAACGGGAGGUCCGAGCAUAAGGCUAAUUGAUGAGAACACGACAUGCCUGAGGGGGUUGGGGACCUCCGGUGAGAAACCGAGGCUCAUUAGAAAUCCUGGGUAGUGUCUGAUCCAAGGGAGGAAGUGGUCCUGUUGGGCUUUGUUUAGGUUAGAAAGCACACGCUUAACGGAUCUGCUCAAGGUUGGAGACCCAUUUUUGAGGGAGCAUUUAUAGUUUGUUAAGGGAAAGGUGAUCUGGUGGGUGAGGUACUUAGAAACCUAUGUUAGAUAAGGAACAGCUGGAAGACCUGUGAAGAAACGAGUUAAGCAAUUAUUUUCAGGCGUUGGAAGACUACUACGGAGCAAACUCUCUGGAGUUUUCCUGUCCUAGAUGGUCCAAAUGCAGUAUGCGAGCACUUAUGCGACAUGAAAGCUCCUGCCUAAAGUUUGAAAACAUGCUCAGGAAGGCCAGUCACAGCAUGUUUAACGUGUAGCCCUAAAGAACCAGAAACCCAAAGGAACCAAUAUUCCUGCUACACAGAGUCCCAUCUUUAGUGAGUGUUUCUGGAGUCUGUAUGAUGACCAAGGUCCUGGGCAUGGCCACAGGUCUGGGCCCGAGGCCUCCACAGGAGCAGGUGGGGCUUGUGAUUGUGAAGGUCGAGGAGGAGGAGAAAGGGAAGUGCCUUUCUAGCCUGGAGAUGUUCCGCCAGCGCUUCAGGCAAUUUGGGUACCAUGACACACCUGGACCCCGGGAGGCCCUGAGCCAGCUCCGGGUGCUCUGCUGUGAGUGGCUGAGGCCCGAGAUCCACACCAAGGAGCAGAUCCUGGAGCUUCUGGUGCUGGAGCAGUUCCUGACCAUCCUGCCCCAAGAGCUGCAGGCCUGGGUGCAGGAGCACUGCCCUGAGAGCGCUGAAGAGGCCGUCACUCUCCUGGAAGAUCUAGAGCGAGAACUGGAUGAGCCAGGACAGCAGGUCUCACCUCCUCCAAAUGAACAGAAACAGGUGUGGGAGAAGAUGUCAUCUUCAGGAACAGCAAAGGAAUCCCUUAGCAGCAUGCAGCCACAGUCUGUGGAGACCAUUCCCAAAUACGAAUGUUGGGGGCCCCUGUACAUCCAAGAGACUGGUGAAGAGCAGGAUUUCACUCCAGAGCUGAGAAAGAUUCAAGAUCAUAAAUUGAACACCCAGAAUGAAGAAUCAAGAGAGAAGCAGGAAGGUGCUGAAGAAUCUCAUGCAGAAGGAUUCAAAAGAGAUAUCAUUCCCGUGAUUAUUCCCAGUAAAUGUGAGGCCAGGUUAGAAAGGCAGUGGGUAAACCUUGAAAAGGAAAGAGGAACAAAAACGCCUCUCCUAGACAAAGGUUCCAAGAAGGGUAGAGAGUUAAUUCCUACUAAACCUCCCCCAGGAGAGAGACGUUACAUAUGUGCCGAGUGUGGGAAAGCCUUUAGUAAUAGCUCAAAUCUCACUAAGCACCGGAGAACACACACUGGGGAGAAGCCGUAUGUGUGCACCAAGUGUGGGAAAGCCUUCAGCCACAGCUCAAACCUUACCCUUCACUACAGGACACACUUGGUGGACCGGCCCUAUGACUGUAAGUGUGGGAAAGCUUUCGGUCAGAGCUCAGACCUCCUUAAACAUCAGCGAAUGCACACUGAAGAGGCGCCUUAUCAGUGUAAAGAUUGUGGGAAGGCUUUCAGUGGUAAAGGCAGCCUCAUUCGGCACUAUCGAAUACACACUGGGGAGAAACCUUAUCAGUGUAACGAGUGUGGGAAGAGCUUUAGUCAGCACGCGGGGCUUAGUUCUCAUCAGAGACUCCACACUGGAGAGAAGCCAUAUAAGUGUAAGGAGUGUGGGAAAGCUUUCAACCACAGCUCCAAUUUUAAUAAACAUCACAGAAUCCAUACUGGGGAAAAACCCUAUUGGUGUAAUAAUUGUGGAAAGACCUUCUGUAGUAAGUCAAAUCUCUCCAAACACCAGCGAGUCCACACUGCAGAGGGAGAAGUGCUUUAACUGGCAAGUAUGCUCUCUCCAUGGCUUUUGGAUUUUUUUUUUUUUAUUUU